AACACACACAGCAAUGAUGCCUUAAGAGAGGACGGACGGCAGCUCCUCACCGGCUCCUUCUCACGGCUUCUCGGGAGAACUGUUUGAUUUGGAAAUCUAUGUUGGCUGUCCAGAAUAUGAAAUUUGGCAUAUUCCUUUUGUGGUGGGGAUGGGUUCUGGCUGCUGAGAGUACAGUGCACUGGCCAGGAAGAGAAGUUCAUGAGCCAUCUAGGAAAGGCAGCAGACCUCAGAGACAGAGACGAGGAGCCCAUGACGAUGCCCACAAGCAAGGCAGCCCAAUUCUGAAACGAAGCUCCGACAUAACCAAGUCACCCCUCACCAAGUCAGAGCAGCUGCUGAGGAUAGACGACCAUGAUUUCAGCAUGCGGCCUGGCUUCGGAGGCCCGGCCAUUCCUGUGGGUGUGGAUGUGCAAGUGGAGAGCCUGGACAGCAUCUCAGAGGUCGACAUGGACUUCACCAUGACCCUGUAUCUGAGGCACUACUGGAAGGAUGAGAGGCUGUCUUUUCCCAGCACCAACAACCUCAGCAUGACGUUUGAUGGCCGACUGGUAAAGAAGAUCUGGGUCCCCGACAUGUUCUUUGUGCACUCCAAACGCUCCUUCAUCCACGACACCACCACAGACAACGUCAUGCUGCGGGUACAGCCGGACGGGAAAGUGCUGUACAGCCUCAGAGUUACAGUGACAGCAAUGUGCAACAUGGACUUCAGCAGGUUUCCCCUGGACACACAGACCUGCUCCCUGGAAAUCGAAAGCUAUGCUUACACAGAAGAUGACCUCAUGCUGUACUGGAAAAAAGGCAAUGACUCCUUAAAGACAGAUGAGAGGAUCUCUCUCUCUCAGUUCCUCAUUCAAGAAUUCCACACCACCACAAAACUAGCCUUCUAUAGCAGUACAGGCUGGUACAACCGUCUGUACAUCAACUUCACUCUGCGCCGUCACAUCUUCUUCUUCCUGCUCCAAACCUACUUCCCUGCCACCCUCAUGGUCAUGCUGUCCUGGGUGUCCUUCUGGAUUGACCGCAGAGCUGUGCCUGCCAGAGUCCCCUUAGGCAUCACCACGGUGCUCACCAUGUCUACCAUCAUCACGGGCGUCAACGCCUCCAUGCCCCGAGUGUCCUACAUCAAAGCCGUGGACAUCUACCUCUGGGUCAGCUUUGUGUUCGUGUUCCUCUCAGUGCUGGAGUAUGCAGCUGUCAACUACCUGACCACAGUGCAGGAGCGGAAGGAACGGAAGCUUCGAGAGAAGAUCUCCUGCACCUGUGGGCUGCCCCAGCCUCGAGCGGUAAUGCUGGACAGCAGCUACAGUGACGGAGAGGUGAACGACCUGGGCGGCUACAUGCCUGAGAACGGAGAGAAACCCGACCGGAUGAUGGUGCAGCUGACCCUGGCCUCCGAGAGGGGCUCUCCGCAGAGGAAGAGCCAGAGAGGCAGCUACGUGAGCAUGAGGAUCAACACCCACGCCAUUGAUAAAUACUCCAGGAUCAUUUUUCCAGCCGCUUACAUUUUAUUCAAUCUGAUAUACUGGUCAAUUUUCUCUUAGAUGCCUGUAAUUGUGUACAUCUCAGCGUGCACUACAGAAGUUACUGUGAAAUGAAGAGUAGGGUUUAAAGCCAUUCCGGCACCCACCUGGGUUUUCACUGUCCCCUGUUGAGCUAUCCAAAGCUGUACUGACACGACACCUUUUUUGCACUUACUAGGUAUCAGUUGUCUAUACAGCAUUAUAGUAGGUGUUACAGGAAGUUGCCAUGAUAGUAGCUGAUAUUAGCUGCUCCCAGAUCCAGAAAGAGCACAUAUAUAUGGACAUGCUGCAACUCAGGAGCCCUGGAUGCUGUUCACAUUGAGGGGGUUUUCCAUCAAUGGACUGUGUUCUUUAGACUAGGUAGAUUUGGGAAGUACUUAAAUAAAACUCAUUUGCAUUGAUCCCACAGGCACAUAAACCCCUUCUGAUGAAAGGCCAUGCUUCAGUCUGUCUCUGCACCUGCUCUGCAUCCCCCAGACUUAAUGAAAGGCAGUGGUGCUCAUAGGAUCUCAUUUUUUACAAGCUGUAUGUUUCUCUCCCAAUAAGAAAUGCUCUUUAGAUUGCUGAAAUUUCCUUAGUAGAGAAACUUUGAAGAUAGAGAUGCAUGUAUCAUUGUCUAUUUUGUGGAGGUGACUAAGCUAGAGAACCGUGGUCCUUUCCCCACCUAGUCACUUUCCUGCCUCUCUACCAUGGAGCAGGUGCUUUCUUCAAAAUAAAGUCUUUUCU